CCGCGCCCACUCACGCCCGGCCCUGCCCCGCGCCCUCAUCGUCUCCUCCCGGCCUCCCCUCAAAGCCCACCGCCGCUGCCCCCACGCCACCCACCCCACCCCGCCCCCGCCCCUACCGCGCGGUGCCCGAGACCCAGAGGCCAGACCCCUUUCUUCACCUUCCUUCCCAUCGCAAUCGCAAGCCCCCGGCUCCGGCGCUCGGCGGUCGGCCAGGUUCGGGAGAUCACUUCGUCGCGGCGAGGAGGGAGGGGGUCGCCGUUAGCGCGCGGCACUUGGAUGAGAAGGGCAGCGGUGGAGGAGGAUGCGGAAGGCGUACAGGGACUCCAUCAAGGUGCUCGAAGCUGACAUCCAGCACGCCAACACCCUGGCCUCCGAGUUUCCCCGGGACUAUGAUGGUGCGUGCCUGCAGAUGCGGCUGUCGUACAGUCCCGCAGCUCAUAUAUUCCUCUUCCUGGUGCAGUGGACGGACUGCAGCCUCGCAGGGGCUCUUGGUCUGCUGAGAAUCCUCAUAUACAAGGUUUAUGUGGAUGGCACAACAACCAUGUCGACUCAUGAGAGGAAAGCCAGCAUCAAAGAAUUCUAUGCUGUGAUAUUUCCUUCUUUGCUGCAACUGCAAAGGGGGAUCACUGAUGUCGAGGACAAGAAGCAGAAGGCCAUAUGCAUGGAGAAGUACAGAAAGAAAGAUGAGGAUGGACGGGACACCUUAUCUGAUAUUGAUGUUGAGAGGGAAGAGGAGUGUGGGAUUUGCAUGGAGAUGAACAGCAAAGUUGUGUUGCCCAACUGCACCCAUGCUAUGUGUAUCAGAUGUUACCAGGACUGGAGUUCAAGAUCGCAGUCCUGCCCAUUCUGCCGUGACAACCUGAAGAAGACCUGUCCUGGUGACCUGUGGAUCUAUGUUGAGGACCAAGAUGUGGUUGACAUGGAGACGGUGUCGAGCGAGAACCUCAGACGGCUGUUCAUGUACAUAAGCAAGCUGCCUCUGAUUGUCCCAGACGUCAUCUUCAGUGUGUAUGAUUCCCACAUCAAAUGACUUCCGACGCGACCUUCCUGACGACCUUCAGCCAGUGCCCAGCUCCAGUUAAUCUUAUGCCCCCAUGUCCUCCAUUUUCAUGCUUUGCUCAAGCUUUUGGAAGUGCCUGAACUGAUUUGGAACCGCAAGCCUUCCGGUGGUGCUUUAGAAACUUGUUUAGUGCCUGCAUGCAUCCUUAAUCAUAUGCAGCCACUCUGUACAUAUCUGACUUGGCUCAGUUAAUAGGGGACUGUGCUUGCCCCAAAUGGAGGCA